AUGGAAGGCAUACAGGGUCCCCCGCCCGAGGGCCCGAUUGCCUCGAUUGCAGAACCGGGCAUCAAGGCCGACGGCCAGCUGCUGUUCGACCUGCGCCGCGAGGUCGCCUCUUUGUUGCACCGCAACCAGACCAGCUUCCCAGGUGCGCAACCCGUCAGCUUUGCGCGCAAACACCUCGAGGAGCUGCGGAACAAAGACUACUAUGUUUGUGAAAAGUCUGACGGCAUCCGGUACCUCUUAUACCUUACCGAGGACGAGGGGCGGGAGAUCCACUACCUCAUUGACCGCAAGAACGACUACUGGUUCAUUAAGAACACCAGCUUCCACUUCCCGCGCAAGGACGACUUGACAAAGUUCCAUACGCGCACGCUCAUCGACGGCGAGCUGGUCAUGGACGACACGGGAAAAGGCCAAAAGGAGCCGCGUUUUCUUGUCUUCGAUUGCCUCGUGCUCGACGGCCAGGAUCUUAUGUCUCGCACGCUCGACAAGCGGCUUGCCUACUUCAACGAGAACAUCUACAAGCCUUACCGCGACUUGUUUAAGCAGUACCCGGAAGAGCGCGACUUCCAGCCGUUCCUGGUGGAGAUGAAGGCCAUGCAGCUGAGCUACGGCAUCGAGAUGAUGUUCCGCGAGAUCCUGCCCAAGCUGCGACACGGCAACGACGGGCUCAUCUUCACAUGUGUUAGCAGCGAUUACAAGCACGGCACCGACCCGCACAUCCUCAAGUGGAAGCCUCCCGAAGAGAACACGGUUGAUUGCCGGCUGCGACUGCACUUCCCUACCGUGCAGCCAGGCGACGGCGACGACGACGUCGACGGUCCCUAUGUCGACUACGAGUCCGUCCCACGCUCCGAGCUGUGGAGCUUCAUGGGCGACGGGCGAUAUCAGUAUUUCGCCGACGUUCAUAUCACCGAGGAGGAAUGGGAGAUUCUCAAGGGGCUGGGCGACCCGCUCCAGGAGCGCAUCGUCGAGUGUCACAAAGAUGACCUGGAUCGGUGGCGCAUCAUCCGCUUCCGCGACGAUAAGUCCGAGGCUAAUCACAUUUCGACGAUCAAGAGCGUCAUGGAGAGCAUCGAGGACCGUGUCACGGAGAAGGACCUCGCCGAGGCGGCCAAGAGCAUCAAGGACAACUGGAAGACGCGCAACGCUAAACGGUGA